AUGUCGGUCUCAUUCUUCUCGGUUUUUGUAUCUGCUCUGUAUCUUUUCUGCUCUGCACAAUCCGUGGCAGUCAAUGGUGGGCGUAGUGAAAUUUUCCAAUCGCAAUCUACCUGCAAAGCCACUGCCAACUGGCCAGGAUGGUCGGGCAUUAAAUAUGCUUUCGUUUUCGGUGAUUCCUACACUCAGACUGGGUUCAAUCGAACUGGUACACAGCCAACUCCUACCAAUCCAUUGGGCAACCCAACAUAUCCAGGCUACACUGCCUCCAACGGCCCGAAUUGGGUCGAUUACUUGACUGUAGAAUAUAAUGCUUCCACGCUUCUUACAUACAACCUUGCGUAUGGUGGAGCUACAAUCGACUCGAAUCUCGUUGCUCCCUACCUACCAACGGUAUCAUCUGUUUCCGACCAAAUCCAGAACGAAUGGGUACCAACCUACGCAUCCAAGCCAUCAUCAGCACCUUGGGCAUCUGACAACACAAUAUUUACCAUAUUUGAUGGCAUUAACGAUGUUGGGAACUCAUGGUCCAAGGGAGAACCCGCUACAACGACCCUGAAUGCGCAGAUAUUUUCUGUUUUCGAUGGACUUGUGGAAACGCUUUACACCUCUGGUGCUCGCAAUUUUGCCUUUAUUAAUGUCCCACCUGUUGAUCGAGCACCCUUGACCCUCGCCCAGAGUGCCAGUAACCAGGCGAUGGAGAAAGCUGAUAUCACAGCCUGGAACACCGGUCUCCUGGAUCUAGCGGAAAAUCUGAAAUCGAAUCACUCCGAUGUGAAUAUUUUCACCGUCGAUGCCAAUGCCCUUUUCACAAAGGUUUUAGAUAAUCCAGCAAGCUAUCCGCAAACCGCACUUUACAAAAACACCACAGCAUAUUGCGCUGCAUAUGAAAAGUAA